ACAUCUGUCAGCACACGCCUUCUGAUUGAGAGAGUGGCCGAGAGCACAUGGUGUUAUCGCGGCAUAUCGAAGGUCGAGAUCAUAGGUUGUACGUACAUGUACUACUCAGCGGCAGAAUGGCGCAUACAGUUUACAUAAUAAGCAUUGAGGUUAGGCUUGUCUCAGUAUCAAGAGAAUGCUCCGUCAUAGUAAAAGCUUGCACGAUACAGGAACAUGUGCGCGACAUUAUUUCCAUAGCGGUAGAGCGGAGAGAACGCCACGUCCAAAAGCACCGACAGAUGGGCUUUCCGGGGUCACGUACUGAUGUUCCAACGCAUGAAAUUCCGAGACUUGCGUCUGCAGAUUCGGGAAGACAGACUCGGCAACCAUCACGAGAAGUCUUCGAAGCAGUGGACUUUGGCCCACCUAGAUAGGCGGAGGACGGAGAAAUGAUGAGUACAUGAGAUAUUUGAGCGGCGACUCCUUUCGGAUGUCCCGACGUCUUCGGACCCACGAUCAAGGGGACGAUCAAUACGGCACUUGAAAUUUUGAAGUUCCAUCUGCUUAGUGCAUGCCCGGCAGCGCGGCGUUAUGGGGCUGUGGCAUGCGGCCAUGCGGCGGCCUGUGCGUUGCGAGUCAGGACUCGAGAGGCGCCAGUCAGCCGAGCGAUCGGCAACGGCGCGGCUUCCUCCACAAUAAUUCCUCGUCCAGUGCACAGGAUGACUCCAGGGCUUAUGUACAGGAAC